GCUGCAAACCGCUCUUGAUUGCCCUCUGUGCCCGUGAAAAGUGCACUGGCAGAAUUCAACACAGUCUCCGUGGGAUCUAGUGUUCUUGAUUCCCUUUUGGCUGAAAAUUCGAGGCUCAAUGUCCACUUCUCUCGGAAAGCGGAAGGAGAGAGAUGGGGAAGAGAAAGUUGCCCACGGUUCAACGGUCUUCGUAUCGAAUUUGCCGUAUACUGCAACCUCGACCGACCUUAAAACUCUAUUCUCUGAUCUCGCACCAGUACGAUCUGCCUUUGUCGUUCUGGAACCUGGCUCGGGUAUCUCGAAAGGUGUGGGUUACGUCUCCUUUGCCAUCAGGGAAGACGCGCAACAGGCUGUCGAAAAGAUCUCGGAGGAGGGGAUUGAGCUUAAUGGACGGAAACUGAGAGUGCAAUGGGCGGAGUCCAAGAACAAGGAUAAGCAAGCAAAAGAGCCGGCUGUGAAAGCAGAAGCCAAGACGCCUCGUUCUCGUCCGCAGCCGAGCGCAAACCCUCACGAUCCUCUGGCCAUUCGUACCGUAGUCAUAUCCGGUCUGCCCGCCGGAAUCGAUUCCAAGGUACUAUGGAAGAAAAUACGCAAACUUGAAGGGGCGGAGAAGGUCGAAUGGCCGACUGUGGAGGAGGACCAUAGCAUUGCGCACGCCCUGUUUCUGACUCCCGCAGCAGCAUCAGAAGCUGUCGAGAAGCUUCAUGCACACGUCUAUAAAGGCUCAUUGUUAUCAGCCACGCUGAAGAAACGUCUGGACGGGCUUGCAAAGAAUUCCAAAAAGCCUCAGAACGCAUCCGAUGCCAGUACAACAAAGGGUCCAGCACCCAAUCAUGCUAGCCGGCUCAUCGUUCGCAAUCUUCCGUUUGAUGUUACCGAGCAGGACCUGCGUUCAAUGUUCCUCCCGUACGGUCCGAUACAUUCCACCACCAUCCCGACGGUAUCGACUGAGGCGAAGCAGGAGGAUGGCAGCACGGAGGCGAAGCCUCGUGGGAAGGGUUUCGCGUUCGUCUGGAUGCUGAGUCGCCAGGACGCGGAACGUGCGCUCGAAGGGUGCAAUGGCAUGACUGUGCAGGCUGGCAUGGCGGAGCGGUUGGUCUCGGCCAAGCAGAAGCGGAAAAAGCUGCGCCGCGAGGAGGAGAAGAUGAUGAAGGCCGCUGCUGCUGUCUCAGGUGGCGAUGUAGAGGAGUCUCAUGGAGAGGGGGAUGAGGGACGGCAUGGGAAGUCGAGGGUGAUUGCUGUGGAUUGGGCAUUGAGCAAGGACAAGUGGGAGCAGGAGAAAGCAAAACUGGAGCAGGAGAGUCAGGAGAAGGCGGAUGUAAAGAUGGCAGAUGCGGACAGCGGGUUGGAUGAGGAGGAGGAGGAGGAGGAGGAGGAGGAGGAGGAGAGCGACGACGGUAGUGUUGACGGCGAUGAACACGAGCCCAUUGGCGUCCGUGAUGACGAUUCUGUUGAUAGUGAAGACGAAGGCGAGGAUAGCGAAAGCGACGGCAGUCCCGAGGAUAUGGAUGAACCUGGGGAAGAGCCGACAAAACCUACAUUACCAACCACAGAGACGGAAACGACGCUUUUUGUCCGAAAUGUGCCGUUCGAGGGUACCGAGGAUGAGCUUAGGAUCCUAUUCCGUGCUUUUGGGCCACUGCGAUAUGCGCGUAUUACCAUGGAUCACGAGACGGGCCGGUCAAGGGGUACCGGCUUUGUGUGUUUCUGGAACAAAGCCGAUGCAGACAAGGCCAUCGAGCAAAGCGGGAUAUUACGCGCCGAGACGCUCGGCGAAAAGAACAUUGCCCUCCAGCCGAAAAAGAACCCUUUCAAGCUCCCAUCUCUCCUCACGCCUGACCCAUCCUCCUCAAUGGCACAAAAUCUCAUCCUGCAUGGACGUACGCUAGAUGUAAUACGUGCUGUGACCAGAAAUGAGGCCGGGAAGCUGAAAGAGGCAGGCGAAAAGCAACGCGAGAAAGCUGACAAGCGGAAUCUGUACCUGUUGCGCGAAGGCAUCAUUCUGCCCAAUACUCCUGCUGCCGAGUCGAUGAGUGCCGCGGAGGUUGAAAAGCGAACACAGUCGUACAACGCUCGUCGUGUAUUACUGCGCUCGAACCCAUCGCUGUAUAUCUCGCGGACCCGACUCAGCGUCCGACAAAUUCCCCUAUUCGUUACGGAGCGAAUGCUGAAGAGGCUCGCUAUCCACGCCAUGCGCACCUUCGAGAAGGACGUGAAGGAGGGUAUCCUCCAGCCGCUCAGCGAAGACGAACUCGCUGAGCCUGUGCCACAAGACGAUGUUGACGGUGAGGACGUUGUCAAGGAAGAAGGCAACGAAUCGGCGAAGAAGAAGAAUGACGUAAAACGGCAGAAGAGCGGGCGUCACACUGGCGUCAAGCAGGUGAAGAUCAUCCGGCAGGCCGACCGAGUAGAUCCCAUCACGGGCAAAGGCCGCAGCAAGGGUUAUGGCUUCGUCGAGAUGACGUCCCAUGCGGAUGCGUUGCGCGUCCUGCGGUGGGCGAAUAACAACGCAGCCGUGGGCGCGCUAUUCGCGGAAUGGUGGAAGACUGAGGUAGAGGACCUGGUGAAGGUUGAGAAGAAGAAGUCGGAGAGGGACGAGGCGCGGGUUAAGCGGCUGAAGGAGGAGCUGGAGCGCGAUGCGCAUAUGAAGAGCAAGAGCACGCUUAUUGUGGAAUUCUCGAUUGAGAACGUGCAAGUCGUGCAAAGGCGAGCGGCGCAACAGCGGGAAAAUCAACAAAAACCGGGCGAGGUCAAGAAGUCUUAUAGCAGGACUAGCGUGAAGACGGAGGAGGUGAAGUCUGAGUUGUCAGACGAACGGACGGCGAAGAAGCGGAGGCUCUCAGAAGCUUCAUCGUCUUCAACUUCUCCGGAAAAGCAAAAGUCGCAGGGUGCAACCAAGAAGCUGGCAGAAGCUGGAGAGCUAAAGUUCGGUCAGAAGAUGGGAUCCAUGAUUGGCAGGAAACGGAAGGAGCGGAAGGCGAAAAAGCGAGGAGUUUGAGCAGAAUGAGCUGCCGAUAUCGUUAUUUUUCUUCUACUGUUUAUGACAUCGAAAGGUUCAAGGGGAAUAGUAGAAGCCUUAGCGAGACGGACGUGUCUGAGAAGGAGAAUGAAGGCGGCAGUCAUGUUACCCAUCAUGAUGCAGGACGAACUGGAUGACUUGUGACGAGAAGGGCAUUUUAUGAUAUGCACUACAGUGACUACUCGUGCGGACUGGCCGCCAAGGUGAUUCCAGCAUGUUGUACUAGCCGGCGAAAAUCAC